AUGAUUCCCUUCCUAACAGAUGCUGUCCAUCUUCUUCUCCGGUUCGGUGGCUGGAGUCUCUUCGCCGGGUUUGUCUACAUAUCUUGUAUCUGCAUAUACCGACUGUACUUUCACCCACUGGCCGAAUACCCGGGGCCACUGUCAGGAAAGCUCACUACCUGGCGGGCUGUUUGGCACGGCAGGUCUGGGGACUUGCACGUUGAUAUCUGGCGCUGUCAUCAGAAAUAUGGACCUAUCUUUCGAUAUGCUCCUCACCGCGUCGUCUUCGCCUCCAAUACCGGCUUUCAUGGUAUGGAUAUUUUACCGAAUUCAGUCCAACAAGAGCCAGUCCUAUACAGCAUACCUCUCAUCAAAGAAGUCUACAGCACCCUCAACGUCUUCGACAAGAAAGUGCACGGCAGAAAACGCCGCAUCCUAAGCCAAGGCCUCUGCGACCAGAACCUGAAGCUGCUUGAGCCUCCAUUGCUUCGGGUUGUUGACCACCUCUGUGAUCGCCUGGGCGAGAAGCAGGACAACUUCAGUCCGGCUAACAUGGCCGAGUGGAGUGACUUCUACACCUUCGAUGUUAUGACCGAGCUCGUCUUCGGUCGAUCUUUCUACACACUUGACUCCAACUCCCACCACUACAUUCUCGACGGAAUUAUGUCUCAGAUGAGACGUAUGAGUCUCCUCACAGAAGAGCCCAUGAUCGAAAGGCUCCAGAUCGGUCGCUUCCUUCACCCGGGCGCCAUGGCUAAAGCCCUCCGUUUCUCCCAAGCCGGACGUUCCAUCAUGGAAGAUCGCAAGCGGAACCUCAACCCCGGGGCAGCGGACAUCUGCAGCAAGCUUCUGUCGGCCAAAGAUCCGGAGACCGGCGAUGGAUUCCCGUUUCAGGAGCUUUCAGGCUCAGAUACAACCUCCACCGCAAUGGCAGCCGCCUUCUUCUACCUCUCCCGCUACCCUACAGCCCUGAACAAAGCCACCAACGAGAUCCGCAGUGGAUUCACAUCCAUCCAUGACUUUCGACCAGGCCCAUUCAUCCCCGCGGGCAUGGAGGUUGGAGCGGGGAUCUAUGCCCUCCAGCACAACACGGAGUACUUCCCAGAUCCGUUCGUGUUUCGGCCGGAGAGGUGGUUGCAGAGUAAAAGCAAGGGUGGUGAUGGUGGCGGUGGGGUGGAUCAGAGUGCGUUCGCGCCGUUCUCGACUGGGUCCCGCUCGUGCGUCGGGAAGAGACUGGCGAUAAUUGAGUUUACGGUGGUGCUGGCCAGGAUUCUGUGGCGGUUUGAUCUGGGGCUGCUCCGGGGCGUCAGACAGGGCGAGUAUCAUACUGAUUGGUGCUUUACUAGUAAGAAGUAUGGGCCGUAUAUUCAGUACCGGGGGAGGAAGGUCGUGGAAUGA